ACACGCUACUUUCAGUCAAUAAAACGGUGACGUUUUACUCGAUGCUUACCCUUUUUGGCGCGUUUUCUCCUUAGCCCUCACCUUACCCUCGCAGCGUGUUCUUUACAAGGGCACUAAUCUGGGUCGACAAGCUGUUUGAUAUAAUGCCUCAACCAUUUGAACGAACAACAUAUCAGUAGAGGACUUUGUUCGGGCUUGGAUAUGGAAGCGGCGCACUACUAUCUUGAUGGCAAUGCAGAUGCGGUAGAGUUUUGUCCACAUGACUUGUACCGCCACGUUUUAGCGGCCGCAACUUACACGCUGCAAGAGGGUGAUCGGCCGAGCCGAUCUGGAAGCAUUUCGCUCUUCGAUGUUGAUGCUGAUGUAGGCCGCUUCGAUUUGUUUCAUCGCGUGGAAACGGCUGGGAUCUUUGAUAUUAAGUGGAAUCCUGUUGGAGGCACGAUAGAUAGGCCAAUGCUUGCACAAGCUGAUGCCGAUGGGUGCUUGAGAAUUCAUGAGUUAGAGUGCCUUUCAGAUGGAGAAAAAGGGGGCUGUCUAAGAGAGAUUAAUGGUGAAAAAAUCAGCUCUUCUAUGUGCCUUUGCUUGGAUUGGAACCCAUCAGCCACAUCCAUUUCGGUUGGAAUUUCAGAUGGUUCUGUCUCAAUGGUCUCCUUCUCAGAGUCACAACUCUAUGUAAGUCAAGAAUGGAAAGCUCAUGAUUUUGAGCUAUGGGCUGCUUCCUUUGAUAUGCACCAACCACAAUUGGUAUACACUGGCUCGGAUGACUGCAAAUUCAGUUGUUGGGAUUUGCGGGAUAGCCCUCCGAAUAUGGUAUUUCAGAAUUCAAAGGUUCAUAAGAUGGGUGUUUGUUGCAUUGCAAAGUGUCCUAGUAACCCUAAUACCUUAUUUACUGGUAGUUAUGAUGAGUAUCUAAGGCUUUGGGAUGUAAGAUCAAUCUCAAAACCAGUAAACGAGACAUCAAUUCAUUUAGGGGGAGGAGUUUGGAGAGUCAAGCACCAUCCAUAUAUUCCAGGUCUGGUCUUGGCAGCUUGUAUGCACAAUGGGUUUGCAAUUGUAAAGAUUGAAGAUGACAAAGGUGAACUGAUUGAAACUUAUGGAAAACAUGGCUCCCUUGCUUAUGGGGCUGAUUGGCAAAGAAGAGAAUUGUCUCAAGGGGACGAGCAGAAAAGCAGUGUGGUGGCUACUUGUUCCUUUUACGAUCGGCUUCUGCGGGUAUGGAUUCCAGAAAAUAGUAAUGGUAUGUGACUGAUUGGUUCAGUGCAACUAAACAUGCUGCCUUAGUAUAUUUCAAUUUCAAACCAUGUGUUGCCGCUGGUUUUGGGGAUGUUUUGUUGUACUUUGUUAUGUAUGCAUCAUCGAUGCUGUCCAAACCUUUUUUUUUUUCCUUUUUCUUUUGGUUUAGUAAUUUACAAUAAGAAUUUCUAGUUGUAUCUACUUUAGAGAAUUGAAUAUGGUAGACUAUCGAGAGCAGAACUCAAACUUACAUCCUUAAAGCAAGGGCCCCUAGUGUCUUUACUUUUCAUGAUUGUGAGGGCUUUUCAUUAUGCUGCUUAUAGAUAUCAAUGGCAUACAUGACUUUCGUA